AUGGAACAUUGUCUUCCUCCGGGUUUAUGUAUUCUCACGAUAACGAAAGCAAGUGGCUUUAUUUUCUGGAAUUAUCUAACUGAAACUUUGUGGACUGGAUUUACUUUAGUAAACCAUACUCUUUAUAAAACAUUUCAAUCUAUCAUUCUUGAAGACGAAAGAAAUUAUUAUAGCACUUUGGAGCUUCCAAAUAAUUUAAAAAUUUCUAAUCUUGCGAUGGGAGAUUUACGAAACAACACUUUUAUUAUCGCUUACCAAGUUGAUGAAUUUACUUGGAAAGUCUAUUCAGAAGAUUUACCAAGGUUCUUUGAUGAUAAUGGUUACAAUAACAGAAAUGUUAAUACCACAAAUCCAUUAAUUAAUUCAAAGAUACCAUUAUCAACGAUUAGUAUUAACGUUACAUAUAACUUUCCGAUAAUAAUAUCAACGAAUAACAUCUCUAUUUAUCAAGAUGAUAGUGGCGGAAAACCUAUAUUGCGACAAUCGAUUCCAGGAAACGCUCCAACAUCAUUUGUUUAUAGUGCGGAUAAUCGAUCAUUCAUCUUAAAUGUUUUAGAGAGCACAUUCAAUCAACCGAAUGGGAAUUAUUACAUUGUAAUUGACGAUAAUGCUGUAAAAGAUUUUAAAACGGAUCAACCUUUAAUGGGUAUUCAAACUCAUACUUGGAAGUUUAAUACCACUGAUGAUUAUCAAGAAGAAGUAGUUUUUGCGGUUCGUUCUAUUUUAACCUUUCAGAGCCGAUUUGCUUUAACGACUGAAAGAAAAAAAAAUUUCGAAAGCCUCCUACCUUUUAAUAAAAAAAGUUAUUUAUUACAAUUAAGAAUUGAUCUAUCAAAUUCGAUACCCGUUGAUAUUAAUAGAUUGGAUGCAAUAAUAUGUUGUGAAUACGACAGAAGUCAACGACCUCCAAGAAUUUUAUUAUCAUUACCUAUUAAAUCGACAACAAAGUUAAAUGAAAGAAAUGUCGACCGUGUCAUAAAAGAUUUAGACCUUUUGAUUAAAAAUAAAAAAGUUACACCAAUAUCUUGGUUUUAUACAACAAAUUUUAUAGAAGCAAGUUUUGGAUUUCAACUUACCCGAAAUGUAUUUCAAGAUUUUAAAUUUCAUUUAAUUGGUAUCGCUAUUGGAAUAAUAAUUUUAGUAUCACUUUAUUUUUAUGCCAGAAAAAGAAGUCCUACGGGGAAAAAUACCGCCAUAUUUAAAUUUUCCUUGAUUUUUUUGGACUUUGUCCUGGAUUUUCUGUUCGUUCUGAAUGAUGGAGCAAAGGUCCCGCAAUUGUUUAUUCCAAGUAUAGCAUUUUGUGCAAUACCGUUGGCAAUUAAUUUCAUCAUGAGCAUAGUCAUGAUUCUUCGAGAAAUUAAAAAAAACAAGGAUUUCUACGAAUGGUUUAAACAAAAUACCAAUAUGGCAUCUCUAUUCACUAUUUUAGCAAGUACCGAUAUUGGAGUAUUAAAUAUACUUUCUUCUAACGUUGCUGGAAUAGCGUUAUUUAAUGCACCUAUAUCCAAAGGAACUCAAUCUUUAAUAUUUCUUGUCAGUCAUAUUGGAUUUUUUAUUGAAGAUAUCCCCCAAUUUAUAAUACAGCUAAUGAGAUAA